CCCUACAGUGGCUUUUAUAAAUUGGAAGUGUAUUUACCUUUGACGACCAAAGAGGUGGUUUACUUACUGGGAGAAUAAUUUCAUUGUCUAUGUGAAAGAAUAUAGAGCGCGUUAAGGGCACCUCUUCAAAGAUAAAGUUCAAAAUGAAAUUUUCCUCAUCACUUUCGUACAUUCUGCAGUUCUAUUACUAUUAGUGCGGCAAGUUCUCGAAAAAGAAGAGAAUUUGCCAUCUCCUAGCUGAAGCAGCUUAAUGGCAGACCCUCCAACGCAUCUAACAAAAUCUGAUAAACAUAAAAAUGCUGUGAAAACUGAAGAAGAAACUGAUAUUUUUCGAGACACUCCAAUUCGCCUUCUUGGCUAUGCAAAUGAAGUUGGUGAAUCGUUCCGUGCCCUUGUGCCUGUAUCUGUUGUCCAUUUCAGUUAUGUAGUUGCUAGCUGCUACGUUUUGGCAGACACAGCUGACAAGGUGAUCAAGGAAAAGCAAGUACAGUCAACCAGUAAGGAGAUGCAGCAUAAAAAACUGUUUCAUGUUGCUAGUGACACCUUGAUAUGGCAGAGUCUGGCAUCUGUAAUCAUCCCAGGUUUCACCAUCAAUCGUGUCUGUGCUACUUCUCUGUUUUUCUUGAGAAAGAUGACAUCUCUUCCACCUGCCACUCGAAAAUGGACAACAACUGCACUUGGUCUUGGUUGUAUUCCUUUCAUUGUUAAACCCAUAGACAAUUUUGUUGAUUACUUAAUGGACAAGACAUUUCGCCACUGGAUAAAGAUCUCUGAAAAUUAAGAUAACCAUGGCUCUAGUCAUUAGCUCAUUUUGUAGUUUGUUUUAUAAGCUAGUUCCCUCCCAUGUGAAUUAUAGUGUCGUAUGUUUAGGUAGCUGGUUGAGUUUAUUUAUUAUUUAUUUAAAGGCUACUUUUAAGAAGAAUUAACCAUUUGUGUGUACUAGUUACAUAUUUAACAUAAAGCCAAGUAUACUUGUUUUAUAGAUUGAACUGAGGUUACAUAGUCAUCUAGCACAUAUAUUUAUUUUGAGCUUUUAGUUGUUAUAAAUAUUUUUCUUGCAUAUUUAGAUUGUUAAAUACUUUUUAAGCAUAUUUAAAUUGUAUUUAUUUUUAUCCUAAUUUGUGUAAUCUAACUUUAAUACAAUAAUGUUUGGUUUAGUUAUUGAGAGUGAUUAACAUAGUUGAGCAUACCCCAGCAUGUCUCGAUAGGGUAAUUGGGUACUUGAGUUCUGCUAUAGGUAUAGCUAAUCAAGGUCAGGGUGUAGAAUAUGUCCCUUUUAAGGUCUAUUAAUAAUUUGAUAAAUGUAAUUGGUAGCCAGUACAUAGUUCAUGUUAGUUUAAUUGGUUGUAGUAUAGUAGCAUGGCUCAAUCAUUCAUUCUAGAUUAACACAGACUGAUGUUAUCUUAUUCAUCUAGAUUCAUUAACAAGAAAACUGAAUUGCAAUCAGCAUGGUUCUUUACAUUGACUGAAUUGCACAUGAUCAUGAUUAGACAUGCAAACAAAAUUCUAGUAUAUAGGCUAUGAAGAUGGAAUAUGUGGACAGAAUUCAAGUAGAGACCAUUUUUUAGUGUAACUAUAAAUAUACAGUUGUUAGUAAGUGCAUUGUGUUUCUACGAAGUACUCAUUAACUUGGCUUAAUAAAUUAUUUUUUGAUGGUACAUUUCAUACAUAAUGCAGCUGAUAUGAAGUUUCUCAAGUAAAAUACUUGGGAAAAACAAGACAGUUUGAAAUCUAACUCGUACUGUAUGUGCUUGCAUUUCCUUCCAUGUUGCCUUCCUCUCUCUUUUACCAGUGCCUGCUACAUGGUUCUCCAACAUUAACUGUGGAUUUGUUUGUCGACAGCUUCAGCACCUUCAGUGGUCCUAGUCACCACGUGGUGGAUACAAGUCUGUUGGGACCAGUCUUUUGUGCUCUGCUGCUGUUUUGAAGUCCUGUAACACAGACCCUUGGGUUCUGCAGGUUGUUUCCAAAGGGCUCGUUCUUUUUUUGUUUCAGUUCCCCUUCUCCCCUAUUCCUUCAUCCUAUAUCCUUCCACCCGCCUUGGGAUCCCAUUUCCAGCCAGCUCCUUUCUGAGGCAGUUCUAGAUCUUCAUGAGGGUGCUGUAGAACAGGGAGAUCCUUUUCAGCUGGGUUUCUAUUCCCAUUUGUUCAUAGUCACCAAAAAGACUGGAGAGUGGUACGCCAUCAUUGACCUCUCUUCCUUGAACUGCUUCUUAGACCUUCCUUGAUUCACCAUGUAGUCUUUGGGUGACAAAGUUAGAUGUCUCAAAUGCUUACCUCCAUCUCUCCAGCAUUAUAUUCAUUUUAUCCAUCUUGGUUUCUUCUAUUAGGUACUUUGUUGGGUUGUCAAGGCCUUUGCCUGUCUUCUCCAUAACAGAGGCAUUUUUUUCUCACCAUUAUAUGGAUGACUGGCUGGUUCUAGCUCCUUCGUGUGCUACUUCUUCCCUUCACACUUAGUUUCUUCUUCAAGAGGCUGCAUGAGUAGGGUGGCUGGUCAAGGUGGAGAAGUCCUUCCUCUCCCACAUUCAAUAUCUUGUUCAUGUCAGUAUAUUCCUGUCUCGGCUGGGCUCACCCUUCUUUCCUUUGCCUGUGAUAUAUGGAGCUUCUGGUUUGGAACAUUUCUUCCUCUCUUUCUUCAACUGUGCAAAAGAUUCUAUCUGUUUUAGUAAUGUGGACUUAUUUGGAGGCCCUAAUUUCCCUCAGUCAAGCCCACAUGUGACCUCUUCAGUGGGCUUUACAAGAUAAGUGGAACCUCAUUCAGGAUCCCUUAGAUGUUCCUAUCCAUUUCCCUCUUUCCCUUCAUGUGGAUUUUGCCUGGUGGUUGAGCAGAGACCCCACCACAGUGGGUCUUCCUCUUCCUCCUCCUCAUCUGGAGGUGCAUAUCUGGACAUGCAAAAUAUUUUGGGCCAUUGGUCUAUUGAUGAGUCAUCUGUACAUGUUAAUCUCUUGAAACUGCUUGCUGUCUGUCAGGUUUCGUUUCACUUCCUUCCAUCUUUCCAGAACCAGUCUGUUAUGCUCCAUUCUGACAACUCAGUGGUUCUCGUACAUCACUUACCAAAGGGGCACUUGGUUGAGGUCUCUUUGUUUCCACAUGUUAAAACGUCGAAACAUGUAGAGUCGUCAACUUUUUGAAGGCCAUAGAUAGGCCUAAAUAAAAUGUU